AUGGGUUUGCGGACUUCUACCGUCACUUGGAUCGGCAGCGUGCAGAUGUUUGUUCUUUUUCUUAGCGGGAUUAUUAUUGGCCCUGCAUUUGACAAAUGGGGUGCUCGAAAGCUCAUGCUCUCCGGAACCUUUCUCUGCCUCAUCGCCUUCCUUGCUUGCAGCUUUGCCAAAGAGUUUUACCAGCUGCUCCUCGCCCAAGGAUUCCUGUUCGGCCUAGGCUGUGCACUGCUAUUCUACCCCACUACGAGUGCCGUCUCGGAAUGGUUUGACAAGAAUCGCGGUCUCGCCCUCGGCCUGGUCGUUUCUGGAGCCUCCGCGGGUGGGAUCCUUUGGCCCAUGGCCUUGAAUCAACUGUUCAUACGGCUGGGCACCUCCUGGACGCAUCGGGUCGCUGCAACCGUUUCCGUGCCUCUGACGCUCAUUUCCUGCAUUUUGGUCAGGGAGCGCAAGGAUGUUGCCGGACAUGACACAGCCGGACACGAAAUUAAGGCUUCGCAGAGAUCCAUCUCCAAGGCAAUUUGCGACUUGCGGUUCCUGGGCCUCAGCAUUGCACUACUUUUCAUUGACUGUGGAAUGAUGGUACCUUUCUUUUACAUACCCCAGUACGCCAAUGAUCAGAGUGUGGAGCUCACAAUGGCCAACAACUUACUUGCCAUCUCCUACGUCGCGUCGCUGUUUGGCCGCAUCGUCACUGGAUGGGUUGGCGAUCACAUUGGCAGGUAA